GGAAGUGAAUGCUCGUGGUGCCUGUUUUCCUUGUAGUAAUCUUAUUAGAGAGAGCGACAGUAGGUUUUGUAAAAGCAACCACUUAUAGAUUAAGUUGAUCUAGUUUCGAACCAUCUCUCUCAAUCUGUCUGUUUCUCUGGACGUAUAAUGGGUCAUCUACGAAGAUUGAACCAAAGAUAAGUCCUUUUUUAGUCUAUCUAACAAAUGAAUGGCCCAAAUGCGGAAUAGUGGUUGACAACGAUUCAUGACACACAAGACAGCAUCACAAGUUCUUUAUUAGGGUCCCAUUGACGCUACAUGCAGUAUUCUGGCACAGAUUCCAGCUAAAUUUGCCGCAAUUAAGUGUGACAUUUUUGGACAUUGGCAAAUGACAUGGUAAACGGAUUAGACCUUCGCUUAAGCAGCCUUUCCAUGAUUUACUCCUCCAUCUCUAGUCUCUUCACAGUUGUUCGUGGCAGUCAAAAUGAGGAUGAUUACCUUUUUCCUGGUUGGACUGACAGUCCAUGUAGUCUUCUUCCUAUCCAUUUUUGACAUCUACUUCACGUCACCCCUGGUCCAUGGCAUGACACCCCAGAUAACACCAGUUUCACCCCCUGCUUCCAGACUGGUCCUAGUGGUGGCAGAUGGCCUCAGAGCUGACAGUCUCUUCACUCUGCUCCCCAAUGGCUCAUCUAGGACUCCAUACCUCAGGGGUGUAAUAGAAAAGACUGGUACCUGGGGUGUAUCACACACACGUGUGCCCACUGAGUCCCGGCCUGGUCAUGUUGCCCUUAUCGCAGGCUUCUAUGAGGACGUUAGUGCAGUUGCUAAAGGCUGGAAGGAGAAUCCUGUGGAGUUUGAUUCAGUGUUUAAUGAGAGCAGAAACACCUGGUGCUGGGGAAGCCCUGAUAUCUUGCCUAUGUUCGCUAAAGGUGCCACUGGAGACCAUGUGUACACCCACACAUAUCCAGCUGUGGAGGAGGACUUUGCCUCCACAGAUGCCUCCAGGCUGGACAGCUGGGUUUUCACUCAAGUCAAAUCCCUUUUUCAGUCAGCGAAGUCUAACUCCACUCUGAAGGCCAGUCUACUUGAGGAUAAGAAUGUAUUCUUUCUACAUCUGCUUGGCAUUGACACUAAUGGACAUGCUCACAGACCAAUGUCACAAGAAUACUUAGACAAUAUUCGUCUGGUGGACAUGGGUGUAGCUGAGAUUGUGUCUGUUAUAGAGGACUUCUUUGGUUAUGAUGGCAGAACAGCAUAUGUGUUUACCUCUGAUCAUGGCAUGACAAACUGGGGAUCCCACGGAGCAGGCCACCCUUCUGAGACACUCACUCCUUUAGUGGUGUGGGGAGCUGGAGUUAAUAACGCCCAAAGAGUCACAGAACCUCAACCAUACAAGGAUGGAUACCUAAAAGAUUGGAAAUUGGAGCACAUUCGUAGAGUUGAUGUCAACCAGGCAGAUAUUGCUCCACUCAUGGCUUCUCUCAUUGGUUUGCCCAUCCCUGUUAACUCAGUUGGUGUGUUACCUCUCCUCUACCUGAACAACAGCAACCAGUUCAAGGCAGAGAGCAUGUACUCUAAUGCUAUCCAAGUACUGGAGCAGUUUAAGAUGAAAAUGAAGCAGAAACAGGAAACUACUUUGUCUUUUCUCUUCACGCCGUACCAACUCCUGACCGAGUCCAAACAAGCAGAAUUCACCCAGAAGGCCCGAAUACUGAUUCAACUAGAGAAGUUCCAUGAGGCUAUCUCUCUGUGCCAGUCUCUGAUAUCCCUCUCUCUGGAAGGACUGGUCUACUACCACACCUACGACCGCUUCUUUCUGGGCUGCAGUGUGGUUCUAGGAUUUGUAGGCUGGACCUCAUAUGUCAUCCUAAUCAUACUGAGAACUCACGCCAGCCUCAACAGACAUCCUAAUCUCACUAAACAGAUUCCCAGUCAUAAUUUGGCAAGGCUGUGUUUAUGCGUGGCAGUGGUGAUCGCUACGUUCCUGCUCAUCCAAAGAAGCCCAAUAACUUACUAUGUUUACUGCCUGCUGCCUGUCCCUGUGUGGUACUCUGUUUUUAAAGAAUCUGGAGCUCUCAUAGACUUGAUUCGGUCAGCCCCCUCCCUGCCAUUGUGGAAAUGUUUGGGCUACUUUUUGCUGGUGGCCUUUGGCAUCGAGUUGCUGGUGGUGAGUUUCUUCCAUCGCGCCAUGCUGACUGUAGGCCUGGCUAUCCUCUCUCUGUGGCCCCUCCUAUUGGGACUUUUUGGCAAGGCCAAGUUUCGUUCACUGAACUGGUUUCUGGGCUGUCUGUGUUUGGCUGCUUUUCCCUUGAUGCCAGUUGUGGGUAGAGAGCCUAACCUACAUCUGGUUACCUGUGCAGGUCUACUCGCUCUCCUCACUUCAGCCUGUUUCCUGUGGACAUCACAUCAGAGGACACCUCUGCACCUCAGUGACAGACAUCAGUUUUUCAUUCAGAUGCUCCAUGUGGGUGUGUGUGCGUACGUGCCAUCUCUGACACACUCCAGCCUGCAGCAGAAGCAGGGCCUGCCACUUCUUAAUCAGAUCAUCAGCUGGAGCACAUUAGCAUCUUCUAUAUUUGUCCCUUUGCUGAGCUCCACGCGUCUUUUCCACCGCCUCCUCAGUAUAUUCUUGUCUCUCACAUCCACAUACCUGCUGCUCAGCACUGGGUCAGAGGCGUUGUUCCCUCCUGUGUUAUCUUGGUUAAUGUUUGCGUGGAUCAACAUUGAACAGGAGGCCAUGCUCGCUCAAGGUGUCUCUGGCAGGCAAGAGUUAUCCAGUAUUGAUUUCUCAUCAAACAUCGACAUCAGCAAGAUCAGACAGCUGAAGCUGGAUGACAUCAGAAGAGCAUAUUUUUUUGUAUUUUUUAUAAUCACAGCUUUCUUUGGCACCGGAAACAUUGCAUCCAUUAACAGUUUUGACCCAGCUUCUGUUUAUUGUUUCCUCACUGUUUUCAACCCCUUUAUCAUGGGAGGGCUUAUGAUGUGGAAGGUUAUCAUUCCAUUCAUCAUAGUGAUGUGUACAUUUGAGACCAUCCAAGUUGCAACUCAGCUCUCAUCAAGAAGUUUGUUCCUAAUUGUCCUGGUUAUCUCUGAUGUGAUGGCUCUGCAUUUUUUCUUCAUGGUGCAGGACUAUGGCAGCUGGUUGGACAUUGGUACAAGCAUCAGCCACUAUGUAAUAGUGAUGUCGAUGACGAUCUUUCUGAUGCUGCUCAGUGUGGUCACACACAUUUUCACAUCAAAAAGGUUCAUCCUGUGGAGGAAACCCAAGAUGCACUUUCCUUAAAUGAACAUGUAUUUAUGUUUUCAGGUGUUCAUUUAUUGGCUGGUUAUAAAUAUUCCUAUUUAUCUUGUUUAUAUUUUUUUUUAAAUAGUAGUUUUGUGUUUUAUGCAUACUACACAAAAUUAUGCAUUACUUUUAGCAAAACCAGGCCUCUGUGGUGUUUGGACAAAGGUAUUUUUAUAACUUAAGGUAUUAUUUUUUCUUUAAUCAUUGACUAAUGUGACCAAGACUACUUUAAUGUUUGACUGUGAAUUAAACUUUUGCUAAGGGUGCAGAUGUAUGAUCUUAUGAAUGAUAACUCCAUUAACCCUUGAAGUGUGUAACACUGUUUCCUGUAAAAGUACCUAAUGUGCAUCCUUGUUUACUGGAACAGAAAAGAGGAUGUUGUUUUGACUCACAAUCGGUAUAUAUUUGUUAAUAAAAUUUUAGAAGGGAAAAGAAAAUCAUGUGUCUUUACUAAUUGCAUGAUUUUAGUAUAAAUGUACUAUAGACUAAGUAAAUCCCAUCCACAUUUCUGGAUUUAACAGACUUCUAAUGCCUUCUAAAAGGAGGUUGUGGAUAAUUUAAAAUAAAUUAUUUUAUGGUAAAUACAAAUGUUGGGAAAUUA